AUGGCACAAGCGUUUGACAAUCGAAAUUUCAUUUCGGGUAAACAGCAAGCAUUUUGUUCUGUCGUCUCAUCAUCAUCAUUACGACCGAAUACAACAAGAACUCUUAAAGAGACAUCUCCUUUACGACAAUCAUCAACAAGGCCAAGCUAUUCUCCACUAUUUCACGACGAAAAUGGUUUGAAUAGACCUAUGGACAAUCGAAAAACUUCUAUGUCAUCGCUACCGUCAAAUGAUUCAAUCUAUCAUCAAAUACAACAGUCAAUGAGAGGUGACUAUUUGAAAUUUCUACCAGAAAAACAAAGUUCUGAUACAAAACCACCACCUCCCGCUCGAAUGCCACGCAUAGCAUCAACAACAAACAAUAAUUAUAUUUAUCGUGCAGAUGUUUUACCUCAACAUUCACCGAAUGAAAUAAAAACAAAUACAACAUAUUUAAAUGCAACUCAACUUUAUAUAACUCAACUCUCAUCACAAGAUGAUCCGCCAACUCCACCACCGCGUUGUCCUCUCCAUCCGCCUGCUAUUCCACCACGGAAUUCUGGAACUAACCAUCAGAAAAAUUCAGUAACAAUUCAUGAUUUUAAUUCAUCUAUAUCACCAAGAGUAAUUUUCCGAUCACCUGUCAUAUCAUCAUCAGUCAAAAAAAAUGAUUUUAAUGGAAACGAAUUUCUUGAACAUCCAUUCAAAUCACUUUGUAUUGAUAAUAAUAAUCAUGAUAUUCGAGAAAUAGCAAAUGAAUCAAAUAUCAGAGAAUAUUACGGUGAAUGUUGUAAAUGUGGUGAAACAAUAACAAGUUUAGAUGAUCCAUGCGAUAUACUUGGUCAACUUUAUCAUAGUUCUUGUGCUAUUUGUGUUCAAUGUGGACGAUCUGUCAAAAAUAAACAUUUUUUUAUUCGAGAUGAAUUAUAUUGUGAAGAAGACUUUUUAUAUACGGGCUUUCACGAAACUCUUGAACAAUGUGUUGGUUGUGGUCAUCUAAUUACUGAUACAAUUUUACAAGCAUUUGGACAAUCAUAUCAUUUAACAUGUUUUAAAUGCUCAAAAUGUUCGAUUUGUUUGGAUGGUCUACCAUUUAUGAAAGAUGAAAAUCGAAAUCUUUUUUGUGUACACGAUUAUCAUAUAACAUAUGGGCCACGUUGUGAUAAAUGUUUGAAUCCAAUUUGUCCUGAAAAUGGCUCAAAUGAAACUGUGCGCAUAAUUUCGAUGGAUAAAACAUUUCAUGUUCGCUGCUAUCAAUGUGAAGAUUGUUCAAUGCAAUUGGGCAAUGAGGAAGAUCAUCGUUGUUAUCCAUUAGGCGAUACAUUGCUUUGUGAAGAAUGUUGCCAUCGACGUCUUAUUUCUCAGAAUAAAUUUUAA